UUAUAAUAAACUGAAACGGGACACCAGACGAGCUUCUCAGUCCGGAGACAAACUGUCCGCAAAUACUGGCCUCACUGGUCUCACGCGACCAGGCUAGGAAUAAAAGUAGCUAAAAGUCAAAGUAGCCGCUAAGAAAAACUCCAUUACAGCCAACAUGAAGCUCUGUUUCAGGAUUGCUUUACUACUUCUUCUUGUUGCUGGGACGUUAACACAAGACGGAUUUGACCUAUUUGAUGCCCUUGAUGACGUGGCACCAACACCUCCAAAACCCAAAGAGCAGCCAAAGAUACCAGAGAAGCCGAAAAAUGACGAUGGGUUAGACCUUUUGGAUGCAUUCGGGCCAGAUGAGCCAGAGCCUGAAAAACCCAAGAAGCCAACCUCUGGAGAUUCUGGUGGGUUAGACCUUUUGGAUGCAUUUGGACCAGAUGAGCCACAACCUGAAAAACCCAAGAAACCGAGCUCCGGAGAUUCCGGUGGCUUUGGAUUUGAUCUGGAGGACGCUCUCAAACCAGAUCCCAAUGCCAAACCUGACAAACCUGCUGUCAACCCACCAAGAGGUGGAGGAGGAGGUGGAUCAUUUGACGACUCAGACUUGUUCGAUGUUAGUGGUGGAGACUACAAGCCUGAUGGAGGCCGCGGAGGACGUCGUCCAGUGGACUCCAACUACGAUAAUCAGGGUGGUGCCGAUCAGCCUCAAGCUGAAGCUGGGUCUGGACAGAUUGCAGGAAUCGCCAGCGCCAUAGGAGUCGCUCUGCUGGGAGCAGCGUCCAGUUACUUUGCUUACCAGAAGAAAAAACUGUGCUUUAAGCUGCAGGGAGGGGCAGAUCCAGAGAGAGGGAAAGGCCACCAUGGUACUAACUCCGAUCCUCAAGUUUUCAGCAACCUGCUCCGUACAAACUAGACGCCCUCUUCACUGCUGCAACGAGAACUUUGUUCAACUUUCAAUCAAGUGGAUUAUUUGGUUCACAAAAUGAGACUUUGUGCAGUUGAAACCAUGAAUACAAUUUGAACUGGACUUUAAAACUGAAAACACAACUAGUCGUCUACCAUUUAUUUUUUCAUACACUAAACAAAAUCAAGUUGUCAGACAGGUGAGUGAUGAUUUAAACAUUGCGGUUUUGUGUUUGUGUGCUUUGGCUGUGUAACUACUGCAUACAUGAGUACAAUAGGUUGUCUUACUUUACAUCUUACACUAUAGUAAUACACGUGUUUAGUUUAACAUACAUGUUUGGGGUUUACGGCAUCAUACAACUGAAAUAAGGCGUCUUUUCUGUAAUGUUGUAAUUUAAAGCUUUGAAUAUGGAUUGAAGAAGAAUCGAACAAACUAUAAAUGUUUUCAUUUGUCGGAAUUAUCUUUAGCACCUUAAACUAUUAACGUUUGGUUUACCCACAUUACAAAGAAAAAACAGCAAAAAAUCCUCCAAUAAAAGCAGGUUUUUCAAAAAAAUGUCAUGCCAUACUGGCCACUCUGCUGAUGGCUGUCACCAUCAAUUUGACUCAGAGCUUCCUGCUGGUAUUUCAGAUUCAAAGCUUUUCAGGAACAGAGUAGCUCCUUUGAGCUUCUGGAAGGCUUUUAAUGUGAAAAGUAUGUGUCAGGAACAAAUAUCUAUAAGAUGGACAUUGUGUCACAAAUUGGCUCAUGGACUACAAUUUUGAAGCUACAAGUUUGGAAUUUGGUCACACCAGCUUAGUCUUCUGAAACUGAAUGUAAUGAAUCACAAACAUACCCUGUUUUGUCAUCUAUUGUACACUUACUGGAACCAUAAUCUACUCACUGAAACUCAUUCUGUAUUCAAAAAAUCUUGAGGCUAAUGAUUUAGACCAUAAACUGUUUAGGGAAAUGUCUACUGAGGUUUUAAAUUUAGUCAGAAGUAGGGUAAUUUUCUUAUAGACUUCUAACCAAUCAGACUCCUUCAGAGUAGUUACCCUCUGCUAAAAAGAGUGCAGGUUUAAAAAUUAAAAAUUAGCUUCACUUUUCAGCAUCUUUUCUAUACAGUCUGUGUUCAGGAAGCAUUGGGCUUCAUAGGCUGAAGCUUAACAGUCAUUUCAAAAAGGACAAAAUACACACAAUUAGAAAUAAUUAGUGAAAAAAAAUUUGCCUCGAGCAGAAAAACGUGCAGCAGCAUAGUGGUAAGUAUGACAUGAAUUCAACAUUUUUCUAAACGUUAAAAUACUACUCUCUCAAUGUCUGUUGAUGUAACAUUUUCGAAUUUAGAUUACAUCAAAACACAAACGUGUCUCAAUGUCGUCACAUGUAACUGGAUAUGAAUCCAGCAGAAGGAGCUUUGUAAUAUAUAAUGCUGAUUAUUAUGUGACUAGAUGGCUUUUAUGAAACACAAAGCACUACAUGUGUACAUCCAAUAAAUGUACACAGUUUAGUGAUGUGUAUUUGUGUGUGAGAUUGUUGAGGAUCUUUUGUACCACAUCUAAACAUGUAACAUACGCUGUUUGUCGUUGUGUUGGAGUUUGAUCCUAAGUUGGUGCACUGCAAAAUUCAUUUUUUUGUCUGUCAUUUAAGGCCCUUAAAAUCAUAUUUUUAAAACUUUUACGUGUCACACGUGUAAUGUGAACAAUCAGAGAAUCUUUUAGCUCGUUGUAAUUUUACUGUGCACAAACCAUUCUUUUUGAAGCAUUUAGCAGUUAGAAAGUCCUAUCUUUGUCUCAGGAGUUUUUAUUUUUCAGUAGGACACAAGCAUAACUCCAGCUGGACACUAAAAUUGCUCGGUGGUUAAAUCGUCAGCUUUUUCAGUGCUGGUUAAACACUGUUUGUACUGCCCUCUAGAGGCCAAAAAACAAUCAAUGCAGCUUUAAGACAAGUGAAACGAACAGGUUUGAUUCUGGAAAAUCCUUACAACAAAAUGAGUUUUCCUAGAAGCAAAUUAUUUUACUGCACUGACAUUAGUAUAUGUUUCUACUGCAGAAAAUAAGGUUUUAUAGACGAAAAUGAUCAUAAAAGAUGUGGAGUUUUGGCAGGUUGUAUCAGUUUUAUUACCCAGCUUCUUUUGUUUGCACACUUUUGUCUACAGUUAUUUUUAUUUUUCAUCAGAUUUUGCAAAAUGUCAUCAGUUUAUUUGUGUCAUAAAUGAGCAAAUGAAGUAGCAUCAAAUCAGAGCUAAUUCACAUCAGGGGAUUCUGGUUGAAAAAUGAUGCUAAAACAUUGUUGCAUCCCUGUGAGCUGUAAAUACUUGGGUAUAAUGUGUAUAGAUGCCUGCUAACCUUUGCAGUAAGCCUGAUGCUUUGAGCUUUUUCAGUAUCGACAAUCACAAUCUCUGUUUGAAGUGUAUUUUACGGGAGAUUUUUAUAUUCAAACUCGUUUCAGUUUUACAAGCAUCAUGGAGGUCUGUUACGUCUGAUGAUUCAAUGAAUGUUACUUUUGUCAGUGGACAUGUUUUCAAUAAAGAGAUGUACAGUU